GUUCCCUACUUCCUCUUGAAGACAUAGUUGUUCAUAGAGAAACUAUGAGUAUGACGCUGCGCUGAACGAGUCUGCUUUUGAGACAGAUGUCCGCUACUCGACGCACGCAGCGAGGAGGUGGGCGUGUUGCGUGAGAACGGUCCCAUGCGGAGGCACAGAAAUCUGCGUGCGCCGAUCUUACGGCACAUACGGCCGCGAAUUCCUGCGCACAUUUUCCAGGGAAGUCUGGGGCAAUUAGCGGAGUCCGGGGAGCGGUCUGCCAGUCGGAGGCUCCGCGUUCUCCCAAUGACGAGCUGAAGCGUCUCCGGCGCUCGGACCCGCAGCCGCGAUCUCGUGCCUUCCGCGUCAAACCCAUCAUGGGCUUCGAGCUGGACCGCUUCAAGGGCGCCGUGGACCCCGACUUCAAAUGCAACUUGUGCAACAAAGUUCUGGAGGAGCCGCUCACCACCCCGUGCGGCCACGUCUUCUGCGCCGGCUGCGUGCUGCCCUGGGUGCUCCAGCAGAGCAGCUGCCCGGUCAAGUGCCAGCGCAUCAGCGCGAGGGAGCUGAACCACGUGCUGCCCCUGAAGAACCUCAUCCUGAAGCUGGACAUCAAGUGCGACAACCACGCGCGCGGCUGCGACAAGGUGGUCAAGCUGCAGCACCUGGCCGAGCACGCGGAGAUGUGCGACUACUCGCCGGCCAGGUGCCGCAACAAGGGCUGCAGCGAGGUGCUCAACCUGAAGGACAUGGACGCGCACAUGCGCGAGACGUGCGAGCACCGGCCCGCGGGCAUCUGCGAGCAGGGCUGCGGGCUCACGCUCACGCACCGCGAGCUGCGCGCCGAGGAGGGCCACUGCUGCGUGCGCGCACUGCGCGCCAGCAACGGCGCGCUGCACGCGAAGCUGGCCGCCCUGGAGCGCGAGCUCAAGAAGCAGGCGCUGCGCGCCGGCAAGCGCGAGAAGGCGCUGCUCGCGCAGCUGGCGGCGGCGCGCGCCGAGCUCCAGGUGACCGCGCUCAAGUACCAGAAGAAGUUCACCGAGUACAGCGCGCGCAUCGAGUCGCUCACGCGGAGCCUGACUCCGCACUGCAAGGGGGGCGAAAUGAUGAGCAUCAAAGCUGUCCUCCAUCGGGAAUCCGGAUCUCUAGGAUUUAAUAUUGUUGGCGGUAGACCGUGUGGGGAUGAGGAGGGGUCUAACGAGGGAAUCUUCGUGUCUAAGAUUGUUGAACAUGGACCUGCGAACAAGGACAGCGGUCUUCAGAUCCACGACAGAAUCAUGGAGGUCAACGGGAAGGACCUGUCUAAAGCCACCCACGACCAAGCUGUCGAGGCCUUCCGCACGGCUAAGGAGCCCAUCGUGGUUCAGGUGCUACGACGGGCCCCCCGCCCCAAGGCCGCUGGCCCAUCCUCAGACAACCAGUUGGCAGACACAGGCACGCAGACGGACAUCACCUUCCAACACAUCAUGGCACUCAGCAAGCAGCCCACCGCCACCCCUGCUGCCGCCUCACCCGUCACCGCGCUGGAGCAGUACCUGCUGCCUGAGGAACACUGUCCGAGGCACGAGUUCUUCGACCCCAAUGACUUCUUGGAGGGCAUGCAGCAGGAGAUGGAGCGAGAGGAACUGGAAUAUGAGGAGGUGGAUCUGUAUAGGCUGAACAGCCAGGACAAGCUGGGCCUCACCGUCUGCUACAGAACGGAUGACGAGGACGAGACCGGGAUCUAUGUGAGCGAGAUUGAUCCUAACAGCAUUGCUGCAAAGGACGGGCGAAUCCGAGAGGGGGAUCGUAUAAUCCAGAUCAACGGCAUAGAGAUACAGAACCGUGAGGAUGCCGUGGCCCUACUGACUAGUGAGGAGAACCGAAACGUGUGUCUGCUGGUGGCGCGGCCAGAGAUCCAGCUGGAUGAAGGAUGGAUGGACGAUGACAGAAACGACUUCUUGGAUGACUUGCACAUGGACAUGCUGGAACAGCAGCACCAUCAGGCCAUGCAGUUCACAGCCAGCAUGCUGCAGCAGAAGAAGCAUGAGGAAGAUGGUGGUACGACCGACACGGCGACGCUGCUGUCCAAUCACCACGAGAAGGACAGUGGCGUGGGCCGCACGGAUGAGAGCACGCGCAACGACGAGAGCUCGGAGCAGGAGAACCUGGGCGAUGACCAGACCACGUCCUCCAACACACUGGGCAGCUGUCGGAAACUCACCUACAGUCAGGACACGCUGGGCAGCGGCGAUGCGCCUUUCAGCAAUGAGUCCUUUAUCUCAGCCGACUGCACCGACGCCGACUUCCUAGGCAUUCCCGCCGAUGAGUGCGAACGCUUCCGGGAACUGCUAGAGCUCAAGUGUCAGGCGAGGAGCGUGGCCCGCCUUGGCUCCUGGUGUCCCGGUGCCGGCGCCGACUCGGAGAGUGUCGACCGCGAACUGGAGGCGCUGAAUGCCGAGCUGCGCAGCAUUGAGCUGGAGUGCCUCAAUGUGGCUCGCGUGCACAGGAUGCAACAGCUACGCGAGCAGUGCCGUGAUGCCUGGAUGCUGCACAACAGCGGCUUCCGCAACUACAACACUAGCGUGGACGCGCGCCGCCAUGAGCUCUCGGACAUCACCGAGCUACCUGAGAAGUCGGACAAGGACAGUUCAAGCGCCUACAACACGGGUGAGAGCUGUCGCAGCACCCCGCUUACGCUGGAGCUCUCGCCCGAUAACUCCCUGCGCCGUGCUGGGGGGCAGCCCCAGGGUGAGGGGGGUGCCGUCGGCUCCUUGGCAACCACCGGCAAGACCACCAAGACACUCCUGUCUCCCGUGCAGGAAGCCAGUCCCAGUAGGGCUCGAGUUACCUCCCCCACAAAGGAGUCGGAGUCUUGUGGGCCACCGGAGCCCAAGGAGCGCAGGCCGGGGAAGGGCUCCUCAGCCGCGCUGCCGCCGCCACACUCCCCCUACAAGCAUGCCCAUAUCCCCGCCCACGCCCAACACUACCAGAGCUACAUGCAGCUGAUCCAGCAGAAGUCAGCCGUGGAGUAUGCCCAGAGUCAGGUGAGCCUGGCGAGCGUGUGCCGCGAGGUGCCGGAGCCCAGGGCCGAGUGGAAGGUGAAGGUGCGCAGUGACGGCACGCGCUACAUCACCAAGCGGCCCGUGCGUGACCGGCUCCUGCGGGAACGGGCGCUGCGCAUCCGCGAAGAACGUGCAGGCAUGACCACGGACGACGACGCCGCCAGCGAGCUCAAGAUGGGCCGCUACUGGAGCAAGGAGGAGCGGCGGCAGCAGGCAGCACGAGCCCGCGAACAGCGCCAACGCCGCGAGUUCAUGAAGCAGAGCCGCCUGGACUGCCUGCGGGAGCAGGGUGCCACUGCCGCCGCCGAAGACAGGAAGGAGCUCAGCAUCAUCGAGCUGAGCCACAAGAAGAUGAUGAAGAAGAGGAACAAGAAGAUCUUCGACAACUGGAUGACCAUCCAGGAACUGCUGACCCACGGCACGCGGUCGCCUGACGGCACGCGAGUGUACAACUCGCUGCUGUCGGUGACCACGGUGUAGUGGCCCGGCGACCGCCGCCAGCGUCGCCCUGUAAAUAAAACUCUACCGGUUGGGGUAGAAAUUCCUGCCUCGUUCAAAGCGGCAACUCUGUAAAUAUAAAGCGAGAAGAGCAGCAUUUCUCUGAAGCAGCUUGAGAUCUGACGCUCCAGAGCAGAUGGUUCUACAGGGACUGUGACACUGCAUUGCUGAAGGUGAUAUAAAGCAGGUUUCACAGGCACUUGGUAACCUUUGUACCUUUAUAUCCGUCAUUUUCAACAAUAUGUAAAGAAGCUGGUAACAUUAAAGCUCUUUUAAUGUGUUUUGGAAGUUUUUUUUUUUUUUGUAAAUGUGGAAGGGCCACUUGCUUAAAGUAACCAACAGCCAGCAUUUAUCAUUUCUUUUGGAAACAAGUAUCUUUUAUCAGUAUUUUAUUGUUUAUGCCUAUGUUUUGUUUAUGGAAUAAGAAACAUAACUAUUUAGCUUCAAGGUUAGUACUUAAGUGUUUUUUUUUUUUUUUUUUUUUUUUAUCUGAAGGAGCUUCCUUGUCAGUUUUUCCUUAUCUUCGCCCUUUCUGGAGACAGCAUUUCUGUUUGUAUUAACGUUCCCAAAUAAAGGAAGCUGUGCCACAUUGCAGUCAAUCUCAUCUGGUACAACUGCAGUAGGCACGCCUUCAGCCACCCUGCGUGGACAGAAAGACGGAAACGUGCCCCUCGUUUGCUCAUAUCGAGAUCUUGCACUGUUUCAUCUGUAGUAGCUGUGCUUUUGUAAGAGCAAAACACUGAAGCUUAACAAAUCGGUAGUUAGUAACGCAGUUUGAUGUCUUGUAAAAUGACAAGUAAUAAAUUAUUGUUUUAUAUUUCAUGAGCUCUCUCAGAACUGUUCAUGGCUUUGUUCCUCAUGUAUUAGACUUCUAUGAAAUACGGCACCUGUGAUGUAUCAGGCUGAACUUCUCUUUUCGACAAUAAAGAAACUCCGGUAGAGCUAGCUAGAAAUGUCCCUUCGUAAACCAAUUAAUAAAUGAUAAAAGCUGAAAUUCCACCCUCCAUUUUCUGAAUAUGUGCUAAGUUGAACUAAUUGUGUGUUUAAAAAUUACAAGAAACACUGUGGUGAAGCAGCAUCACCCUUUCACGACCCUCCUGUUACUGAAACAGGAUCUUCUUCAUGCCGCAGUAAUGACCGAAAGCCCUCAGAGGUCAGGAGCUCCUGUCUGCUGGGUGGCGUCACGCAUGUCUGCGGUGCACGCACACAUGCGCACGCACGCACGCACGCACGCACCCACAAGCACAGAGAGAGGUAAUAUGUAGCGGUGAGCUGUGACCCAGCAGCCGCGACACAGGUAACGUCGCCAAGUUCGGCAUCUGCGAUACUGAAGGUUGCUGGACACCAGUGAACACGAUCCUGAAGUAAUGCUGUGUGUGUCUGUUGACCCUCUUGACACGCUGUUUCAGUGUGAGUGUGUUCAUCAACAGCAGAGCACUCUGGUAGCUCUCAGCCUCUUACAGUGGGGGCUCCGAGUACUGGGUCAUCCCACAGAUCUCCGGGUAAUCGCGGUAUCUUUCACAACAUGCUCGUGCCAUCUGUUUGCAGUUUGCCUGCCAUUUGGUGCCUCGUGCGCUUGCGCUCCAGAGAGGAGGAGACAGAGUGAAAUGAACAUUUCCCAGAGAAAGAAUGUAGUGCAGGUGACAAGUGACCAGGUAGGGCAGUUAUUGUACUCGUGAGAAAUGUGUUUUAUUCCUGAGAACAUGCAAUGACAAUAUUCCCUUUCAGCUUGUGAAAAUACAGUAAAUCAGUUAUAUAACGCUCAUGCAUUUCCCCUGGACAGAAGGUGACCCUGAUGUCUUGUUUUUUUUAAACCGUGUGUGGAAAUAUUAAACG